CCCUCCCUUACAAAGAUGGACGCGCGCAUUCAAAUCAGAGAACUGCGAUUAAGAGUGGAGACAUCCGAUGAGCGACAAAGCUCGUUUUAAACAGAUGUGCAGUGCGCGCAGGCGGCCCUCGGCCGGUGACGUCACCUCAUGCACCACGUGUUUGUGUCAGCGUGGUCGGUGGGUGGCGAGCGGGGCGAGUGUUGUUGACGGUGGUGACGAUGGCGAUGGUGUCGGCCUCCUGAGCAAUGGUUCGGCUCCGCCAGGGCCUCUGCCCGGGCCUCACAGCCGACGUGGUGGCUGUGCUGCGGGGACACAACAUCGGCACAGUUGCGGCGCUGGUGACCCAGGACAGCCAGAGUCUGGCUUGGACCACGGGGAUCCCCUACAAGACUCUGCGUGCCGUGCGCCGCGUGCUGCUGGCGCAGUUCGCCGCGUUCCCGAGCAGCGCGGCGGACGCCUACGAGGAGCUGCUGUCGUGCACGGCCAUCCUGCCCACGGGCUGCUCGCGGUUGGACUCCCUGCUUGACUCUGGGCUCUACACGGGAGAGCUCACUGAGCUGGCAGGAGGACCGGCCACGGGAAAGACACAGGUGUGCCUGAGCGUGGCGGUCACCGUGGCCUGCGACUUGGGCCAAGCCGUGAUGCUGGUGAUGGCCGGGGGGGCGGCCGGGUGCCUCGCCUCCCGUCUGCUCGCCAUGGUGCAGGGGAAGACGCCAGACUCCGGGGCGAGCCAGGUGGCGGCUUUGCAGCGCGUGCAGGUGGCGCGCGUGUUCGACGCAUUCGCUCUCCUGGAUCUGCUGCAGGACCUGCGGGCCCGGCUGGGAACACAGGUGCCGGUGACACCUGCCUCGGGGGGCGCAGACUCCUCUGUUCUGCGCCUGCUGGUGAUCGACUCGGUAGCGGCCGUGAUUACGCCGGUGCUGACUACGGAGCGCCACGACGGACUGGCGUUGCUGAUGCACAUCGGCCGUGAGCUGAAGUCGAUCGCUAAGGAGCACGCGUUGGCAGUGCUGGUGACGAACUGGGUUUGGCGCGAGGACGGAAGACGUCCCAUGCCCAGCCUGGGCCGGGCCUGGAGCUUCCUGCCCAACGUGCGGGUGCUGCUCGAGAGGGAGGGCGAGCGCCAAGGAGGCGGCGCGAGGGCAGGAGGGGGGGGCGGCCGUGAGGGGGGGGGCGGCCGUGAGGGGGGGGGCCGUGAGGGGGGGGGCACGCUCGUCUGCCGCGCUACGCUGCUCAAGUCUUCGCGGCAGGCCACAGGCCAGUCCGUGAGCAUCUCCGUGGGAGCCCUCGGAGUGCUGGAUUCGUGACGUCUUCAAAAACCUAAAUCCUCUGCCGCCUUUUAGCACGGCGCACGUGCGCGGGAUCGCAAUACAACUACAUCUCAAGAUUCCACAAAUUAUACCUGGUGAUGUGACGGCUGCUGCUGCUGCUGCGUUGGCAGCGGUGCACAAGCAACAAAAUACAACUCCCAACACAUUGGUCAAUAACAACACUGUGUGGCCUUAACAGAAAACUAUAAUAGGUGACCUUUCAGGCAAUGGGCCUUCUUCAGAGCGGUGGUGGAUCGCUGGUGGAUCACUGGUGGAACGUUUACCAUGCUGCUCUAUGAACGCAGCGACCCGAGAUUCCCACUCAAGUACCAACACCGGUGACGAUUAUCUGAACCGAUACUGGGCCUUCCCUAGAUCGACUCGGCCUCAACUGUAUAACCUGGUGCAGCGUGUAAACAUCGCCACUGGGGAAACAAAGGCGGCCUGGCAUGGUGUUGACCACCCACCCCCUCGUGCAUCUUCAUAGGCGCUCGCUAACAGCACUUGCCCCAAGUCUAUUAAGGCUAUACGGGGGAUCUUUGUCUUGGUGGUGGUAGUGCUGAAGUAGUAACUAAUUGACACGUUUUGAUUACGUGACAAACCUUACUAAUUGGCCGUGUCGGGUGGUGGUGGGUUAACGACAUUUAUGCGACCUGCCGUAAAAACCUUUAUUGUGGUGGGGGUGGUGACGGUCAAAGGCCAAAACGGGACCUGUGCAGGCUCCCAAGGUGGCCACCCAAACGACCUCAUCGCUGACGAGGUGCGGCGAUGCCUGGGGCGGACAGGGACCGGGGAGCAGCUGGAAUUUGUUUUGUGGUAAAAUACGACCGGGAACAUCGGCGCAGGGAGCCCACGAGCGCCACAGGGGAGCGCCACGGGGGAGCGCCAUGGGGGAGCCCACGGGGGAGCCCACGGGGGAGCACCACAGGGGAGCGCCACAGGGGAGUGCCACAGGGGAGCCCACGGGGGAGCCCACGGGGGAGCGCCACGGGGGAGCGCGCACGAACAGAAGGGACGUUUAAAAAGUCGUGAACGUUUGGGAGUCACGUUCCAGACUUGCAAAUCCAGAUGGUUGCCGGUGUGUCGGGGGGAGUACCCACACUUUGGACCCCGACGCUGGCAUGCGACGGGCCCACUCUUUUGCGAAUGAUGUUGCCAGAUCUUUAACGUCCUAUGCAAUUGAAACGGACAGCAAGUGGCAGUGUCAUGGUUAUUAUAGUCGCUUGCUUCUAACAGGAAAGCACCGUCUCGUGUUUAAAGCAGUUUGUGCUGUGUGGUAGCAUAGCCACAGAUGUUCACAUAUCUGGAUUUUUCAGCCUGUAUAUAAAGCCGUCCAAACCUCGGUCUCCUGCGAGUCGGAUAUAUGCGAGUUGCACUUGACCACCAAGGUGGGACUAUUUGAUGAUUUCGCACGGACUAGGGCCGGACGUAAGCUCCACUGCACGAGUGGCUGAAGCAGCGCUGCGGUUUGUAAAUGCAACGUGAAUUCAAGGGAGGUGUGGGGACUCUAGAAAAGGUUGAAUAUAGCGCACUAUUAAAGCUCGGAAUUCUCUAUUUAAGAUGUUUCGGCACGUGUCGCCACUCGUGACGUGUGUCACGCAGCGCCCAUCUCCGUUAUACGUUCCGUGCCCCAGAAACCUUGGUGGGGAAAUUCCACAUUCCUCUGGCAGGAACCAUGAACUUCACUCAUCGACUCCUCGAAGUGUGUUGCCUGUAUUCCAGACUGGCUGGCUGCUGCUGUUGGUGUUGCGAGUUCUUGAUGACGAUUGGCUCGGCUGUCUGUGCAUGGGGAACAAGCGAUGCUAGCGGUCAUCAGCACACUCGGUGAUUCAUUGAGAGAAGACUGUUUUUUUAAAGCUUCAAGUUGAUUGUUGUUAAAGCAUGUGAGAACUUAAGCGACCAGGAUAAAGUCUGUCAGUAGGGAGCAACGACUCCCAAAUUAGUCACUUCUGGCCUCAGUUUUCGAAAUUGGCAAAUUGAGAUCAUGCCCUGGUUUCGUGAGUCCUCUCCUGGAUACACAAACGUGACCGGACUUGUGGUAUCCGAGUUCUGGGAAGCAACGGGACACAUCUGUGGUGACGCACUUUGGGGGCGGGCGGGCAGGCAGGGCCGUCCAUCGGGAGGGGCGCGGGGAAAAUCACGCCGUGUGGGCCCCCCCCCCCCCCCCCCCCCGACGCCUUCAAAGUAAACUUGGUCUCGAGUUCUCACUCUGGUUACACAAUCAACUUGCAGAACACCGCGACAAUCGUUCAUUCUGACACACUUGCACAGUGACACCCCCGUUAUGAGAUGACCGUGCGGAUGUUCGCGCAGGCUGAGUGCAAGAUGUGAAGGCCGGUGGCCCAGGACAAUGAACGUUUAACCCAAACCCAACUGAAUUCGUCUAUGAAAGAGACAUUAUUUGGUGAUGCUGCUGCGUUGGCAGUGGUGCAAAAAUACAAAAAAACCUCAACACGUUCGUCAAUAACACCGUGGCCUGGCAAUGAAAAAGUAUAAUGGGCAACAUUUUGGGCAAUGGCCCCUCUUCCUGGCUGUGCUUCUUUGCUUCAUUUGACUCGAUGGCGUUUGUCGUUGUGGUGGCCCAGGUCAUCACGCUUGCAAACGAGACUCCUCCAUCCUGGCCUCUCGAGUUAUUCUUGUUAAAGACAAUAAACUUGAACUUUUGAC